GAGCAGUCCAGUAAGGGCUUGGGCCGAUCUGCAGCCGGCCAUUAGCUAGCAGAGGCACCGAGAAGGGUCGCUUAUCGAUCGGUUGAAGCGGAAAGGAUAUGGCCGGAGCUUCCUUCAUUUUCUUCUUCCUUGGUCUGUUCUUGCUUCUCCAAACUCUCGAAGCUUCUCAGUGCUCAAUUGAGGGCCUGCCACUAGUAAGGAAUAUCAGUGAGCUUCCUCAGGAUAAUUAUGGAAGAGAAGGUCUAUCCCACAUAACUGUUGCUGGUUCAGUGUUGCAUGGGAUGAAAGAGGUUGAAGUGUGGCUUCAAACAUUUUCUCCCGGAUCACGCACACCGAUCCAUAGGCACUCCUGUGAAGAAGUUUUCGUUGUCUUGAAGGGGAAUGGCACUGUAUACCUAUCCACAAAUUCUCAUUGGAAGCAUCCUGGGAAGCCACAGGAGUACAAUAUCUUUUCAAAUUCUACAUUUCAUAUACCUUUCAAUGAUGUUCACCAGGUCUGGAAUACAAAUGAACAUGAGGAUUUGCAAAUGAUUGUUAUUGUGUCUCGGCCACCAGUUAAAGUGUUUAUAUACGAGGACUGGUUCAUGCCUCACAUUGCAGCAAAGUUGAAGUUCCCAUACUAUUGGGACGAACAAUGCAUGCAAUUUACAGCACCUGAGAAAGAUGAGCUUUGAAUUUUGAUUUACCAGUGUCGCACAUUGCACAGAUGGCAAAUGAGCGGUCGAUUGUUGGGUAUUUGACCGUACAAUUUUCAGAGGAAAUGAAGAAGCACUAAGGUGGUUAAUUAGAUUUUGUCUCACACCAAUAUUAGUUAGAAACUACGAAUUAGGAAAGGUGUAUGUUUUGCGCUGCCAAAAUUAACUUUGCACCUACAUUAAAUCAGUGUAUGACAGAAAGUUUCACGUUCAUUAUAGUUUUCUUUUGGAUCAACUAGUUUUUGAAAUGUGUUACAGGUGACUAUUUGAAAUAUAUAUAUAUAGAUAUCUUUGAAUAGUAAAAGGUGACAUUUCUUCUGAUAUGUCAUGCAUUGCUAUCUGAAAA